GAGUCAGGUGAGGACUGUGAGGCUCCUCCCCCUCGCUCCGCCUCCCGACCGGGACUCAACCUACAUGACCGAGAGCUGGCCGAGGCCAAGAGAGCUGACCGAGAAACCAGGGUUAACAGCAUGGGAAAAGAGACUGGAGGACUGACUGCUGCCGGUAAACGUUGCCUGAUACAGGAGAAGCAGAACGACAGCCCUCCCAAACGACCCAAGUCUGCUGAAGGAAAAACUUCAGCCAACGAACAGGUGCAGCAGUGCCCCUACUGCACCUACAGCAGCAAGGACGCCAACCGCAUGCAGCUGCACAUCAUGUCCCAGCAUUCCGUGCAGCCUGUGAUCUGCUGCCCUCUGUGUCAGGACGUCCUGAGCAACAAGAUCCACCUGCAGCUGCACCUCACGCACCUGCACAGCGUGGCUCCGGACUGCGUGGAAAAGCUCAUCAUGACGCUCAAGGCUGACACGGAGCACUGCCAUAAAAGAUUUCCCAUGCAGUUAUACCGAUCCCUGGAGACUACCAUCAUAAACUUGACAGUUGUCGUCCUCUGA